UCUGUUUCCCUCCUUCGUUCAUCAAAAUUCUCAACAAAAAAAAAAAAAAAUCCCCAAAAGCUUCGUCGGAACCCUAGCCGAUUUCACGAUCUCUAUCUUCUUCUCCGGUAAUAUCUUUGAGUGGGUGACCAGUUUGAUUUUAUUGGAGUGAAGAUGUCGGACGCAUUGAAUAUGACCCUAGAUGAAAUUGUCAAGAGGAGUAAGACUGCAAGGUCUGCAGCAGCAAAGUCUGGAGGUAAAGGAGUUUCUCGCCGUGGACGUGGACGUGGUGGACCUAAUAAUGGUGUUGUAGGAGCUGGAAGAGGAGCUGGACCUGUUCGAAGAGGUCCUCUUGCUGUUAAUGCUCGGCCAUCACCCUUCUCCAUAAACAAGCUUGCCCGCAGGAAGAGGAACUUGCCAUGGCAGAAUCAGAAUGAUUUGUUUGAAGAAAGCCUGAGAGCUGUUGGGGUAUCAGGAGUGGAACUUGGAACCACGGUUUAUAUUACCAACCUUGAUCAGGGAGUGACUAAUGAAGAUAUAAGGGAACUCUAUGCUGAGAUUGGAGAGCUGAAAAGAUAUGCAAUUCACUAUGACAAAAAUGGGCGUCCAAGUGGCUCGGCUGAAGUUGUGUAUAUGAGAAGCGGUGAUGCAUUUCAAGCUAUGAAGAAAUACAACAAUGUACUCUUGGAUGGAAGGCCUAUGAGACUGGAGAUUCUGGGUGGAAGUACUCAGGCUGCUCCUGUUGCAACUCGGGUUAAUGUGACUGGAUUGAAUGGAAGGAUGAAGAGGAGUGUCUUCAUCGGACAAGGAGUUAGAGGUGGGAGAGUUGCAAGAGGAAGAGGCUCAGGCCCUUCUGUGAGACGCCCGACAACCCAACAAAACCAACAAGGAGGUGUAAAAGGUGGCCGAGGCGGGUUCCGUGGUAGAGGCCGAGGUGCCAGUGGUGGCAGAGGGAAUAAUAAAAGCGGCCGAGGUGGAAAGAAGCCGGUGGAGAAAUCGGCUGCAGACCUCGACAAAGAUCUCGAAAGCUAUCAUGCUGAAGCUAUGAACAUCUCUUAAGCAAAACAAGACUUCACAUCUUGUCAUGUACUUUAUGUUUCUUUUAUUCUUAGUCUUCGACUAAUACCUCAGAUGUGCCAAUGUCUGGUUUCGGUUUGAUUUCGAUUAGGAUGGCUCUGCUUUGCUUUUUUUUUUUCCUUUUCUUUCUUCACUUUUAUCAUCGAAGUUAAAGAGAUUCUUUGUUUUUGUAAAUGAAAAAGCUUGCUACUUUAGAUA